AUGACUCCCACCACCAUCUGGGACACAAACUGGAAAACAAAGACAAAGUUUGAAAGAGCAGUGAAAGAAGCUAUCUAUGUCCACUUGCAAAGCAGCUACCAUAGACCAGUCCACACCUUUCUGACCUGGAAACAUUCUGACUACUCAUUCUAUCUCCCCUCUUUCCUCCCCUUUCUCUUCCCUCCGUCUCCCCUUCUAUGUCAACUCUGCAUCCCCGCUGUCUCCCCUCGGCUCCUCAGUGUUGGUCAGGAGGUGCAGAGGGUCAGUGUCAUCAGUAACCUCCCGAGUCUCGUUCGACAGAAUCCAGCUGAAACAUUUCGUAGAGUGGUACCAAAAGUUCGGGAGGUUUUGAACGGAGCUGGAGCUGAAAUCCAGCUGGCUGCAGCGGCGUCAUUUUUAACCAUCCUUCAAGAUGACAUCAUACUGAUCCACACCCACACUUACUCCAUCCUAAAGAUUGUCUUGUUGCACCUGAACCACAGAGACACAGUGGUGAGCAACGCCUGGCUGGAAACUCUGCUAUUAUCUAUCAACGCUCUGCCCAAAGAAACCAUCAAACAAGAGGUGCUGAACCCCCUACUACAUCAGUCUCAGCUGUCUCACGCUCCUCAGGCUCGGCUGGCCAGCUGUCGCAUUUUAGGAAAAGUUGCCUGCAAAUUUGAUUCCUACAUCGUAAAGAAGGAGCUGCUGCCUUUGGCUCGUUCUUUAUGUCAGGACCCGGAAUUUGAAGUCCGAGCUUGUAUGUGCCGUCAGCUGGAGAGCAUUGCGAGAGCCACUGGUUACCCGUCUGUUGAGAUCCACAGAAGUGAUCUGAAACACUGUUUUAGAUCACUUCUGUGGAUCAUACUGUUUGAUGAUCGUGUUUCAGGCUCACUGUCAGAUGAGCAGAAGAGUCAUUUACUGCAGACAUUUAAGGAGAUGUGUACCACUGGACUGCAGACUGAUGGAAACCAGACUGAUAGCAACAACGAAUCCACACUUAUCCGCUGCAACUGCUGCUACAACCUGCCGGCUAUGGUGGUUUUUGCAGACACAGCUCAUUUCCUAUCGGAGCUGUACCCUUCUUUCUCUAGUCUUUGUAGUGACCCAGAGGUCUGUGUCCGGCGCAGCGCAGCAGCCAGUUUCCACCAGGUGGUCAAGUUGCUUGGUUCAAAAGUCCAGCUGGUCCACAAAGAACUUCUGUGUCUGCUUCAGGAUGAUGCACUGGAGGUGCUGGAUGCUCUGAUGACUCAUGUAGAAGAAACUUUGGAGGCAGUUCUGUCACGAGGAGAGAACCAGACGCUGGACAACAAGUUCCCAGAUCUGAUGGCAGGACUACUGUUAGCUGAACAGAAGAUUGGACGUUCCUUACGUUGGCGGCUUCACGAGAAGCUGCUGCAACGUUAUAGCUGCCUGGCAAGACUGCUACCUGGAGAGCUGCUACACCAGAGCUUCUCCCCUCGCAUCUUCAUUAUCCUCACCACCAAUAAAGUGUUGCCGGUACAGAAGGCAGCAGCUCGCACAUUCUGCACAUUCCUGCGCUACAACCGCAAACAGGAGCAGCGUCAGGAGAUGAUGGGGCGACUCAUACAAGAUCUGGCUCAGGGACGCAGCUACUGGCAUCGUCUGAGGUUCCUAGAUGUUUGUGAAACUGCCACAGAGAUUUUCUCCAGAAAAUACUUCAACAAACAUUUCCUGAUUCCAGCACUGGAGCUAGUCCAUGACCCAGUUGCCAAUGUCAGGUACAAGCUGUGCCAGAUGCUGCCCAGGUUGCGUUCUUCGCUUCGUCUGCCAGCUGACAAACAGCUGCUACAGAAACUUGACUUCUGCGUCCAGAAGCUGCUUUGCAAAGAGAAAGACAAAGAUGUGGUGGCCAUGAUUCGCAAGACAGUCUUGGAACUGGACAAACUAGACCUCUCAGAACCUUUUCAUAAGAGGCAGGAGAGGGACUUGUUGGACCAGAAGAAGGAGAAGGAGGAGACGCUGUUGCUGGAGAUGGAACAGCUGGAGAGGCAGCAGAAUGAAGGAAAACUGAACUCUGACAAACACCCAGAGAGAAAAAGAAGAGACAGCAAGACCAAUCUAUCUGCCACCAAGUCCAUGUCUGUGUCCUCAUCUGCAGGCGCCUCAUCCUCCUAUGGUAAAGAGAUGAGAAAGGCAAAGCUGUCCCGGAGUCGGUCCCUCACCAGUCAGCCAACGACAUCUAAACCUGUGACCUCAGACAGAUCUCUGAAGGUCAAAGAGCUGAGCAGUGGAUCUGCAUCUGGGAAGGCCUCCAUGUUGACCAGUAAAGAUGACUCUUUAAGGACAGCUCACUUCAGCAUGGGAGCCCAGUCUGCCUCCUCCAUGCCAGUCCUGAUCCGUAGCAACACUACUAGUCUCCUGGACAGGGCCAGUACUCUGGACCAGAGAGACCACAGGCCUAAUACACUUGACUACAGGACUGGUAACAUGGAUCACAGGAACAAUAUAAUGGACCACAGAACCAGUACAUUGGACCAGAGAGACCACAGGACCAGUACCUUGGAUCAGCGAGACCACAGGACCAGUACUCUAGAGCAGAGAGACCACAGGACCAGUACCUUGGAUCAGCGCAGUAAAACAAUGGAUCGGGGGUGCGGCAUGAAGGAAGGCCAGUCCAGGAAGCUAUCCAUAAACAGGAAGUCGAACUCUUUCAGCGUACAAUCGGGACGAGACUGAAGAUGAUGGCAUCAUCAUACCUCCACCAGGCCAUUAGCCAGUCAGCAUUCAGAAAAGAGUUUCCAUUCAGCUUCAGGACAUUACCCAGAUUACAUCAGGACCUCAUCAGAGACAGGAGAGUCUGAUUCUACCUGUAUCUAUUGAGAACUGUGUAGACUGAUGAUCUCAUCCUGCCACCUGAUUGAUUCAGUAAAAGAGUCCACCCACAAAUUGUUGCUGUGUUCUUAUUGGUUAAAGCAGGGGUCUCAAACUUGUGGCCCGGGGGCCACUUGCAGCUCCCUAUGUUAAUGUGAAGAAAUAUAAUGCAGUUUGAUCCGUGAAGUUACUUUUUUUGUUAGGGAGGAUUUGUUUGUUGUUGAGUGCAAUGUUAAAACAAGUUCUUUAAAAAGCCAAAAAUGGACAGCAAGGCAAUGUGACCAGAGUACAAACACGCUGAGGGAUUGGCUGUGUUAGUUCAGUGAGAGUCAAAAACUAAUGUGUACACUGCAUUUUUAUUCUGUUAAAUAUGAACAAAAUGAUAGCAGAAGUGCUGCCACAUGUCUAGCCAGAAAGAGAGGACCAACAUGUUUAUUUGGUCAUUCAAUGAAAGGCUUCAGUCAGUUAAGAGAGAGAAAAAAAAUUGUCUUGUUAUACAAUAUUUGAAUUUUUUU